AUAACCUGAUUAUAUUGCGUGAGGCGUAUUUGACCUUAUACAGUCAGAGGCCAGACAACAGAAAAGCCUUAAGUGAAAGCAUAAGGAAGUAAUCAGUAAUGAAGAUUACCUACUACACACAAAGCGAAGUUAAAUGUUUCGUUUAUUUUCUAGCUAUUGCCGGCGACUUCCAUUUGCCGUAAACGUCCACUGACAAUCUUUUAAACCCUUUCCCAAUAAAAAGCCUAUGUUCGUUCUCAGGGUUAACUCUAUCUCUGUACCAAAUUUCAUCAAAAUCGGUUCAAUAGACUAUAGUUACUUUCGCAUUUAUAAUAUUCAUUCGUCCAUAUUAUCACGUCUAUAUCCCUCGCGGGACUAUUUCCCUUGAAAGACUAGUGGCCACGUUUAUGAUAUAUUAUUUUCAUCGCGCAGCUUCACUCGCAUUACAUAAUAUACUGAUGCAUAGAAAAACGCACAUACUGUUUAUGUUGUUAUUGCAUGAAAGAGUAACAAACGCUUACUUAUUAUCAUUGAACUCCAUUUAAAAGAGGUACAAGACAAGACAUCGAUGAGGAUUAAAAAAGAAUUGUCUUCUGCCACGCCGUCGAUAAAAAAUGGUUAUAUUGUCACUGUCACUUUUUGACAUCAACCAAAAUAGACAAAAUAACCUUAAAAUACAUAAAGUCAACUAACAAAUAUAAACAUAAAUAAAUGCCAGAUUUCCAGCACUAAAAUAUUCUAUGAGAGUAUGUAGCUAUUGUAUUCUUUAUUAGGAAUUACAAUCGCAUCUUUGGUUUUUUUAGUUUAUAAAUGCAAAAUAACUCUGCAAUGAACAUGGCCAGUGAAGAACACAAAUUACUCGCGCAGUUUUUGAAGGACGUUCAUUCUUCUCUUCGUAAAUCUUCUACAGAAUUAGGUGCUGAAGAAGCUUGGAGGAAGCACUGUGACAAUAAAGACGUUUUGACGAAGUACGCUUCAUGCAUGCAGAAAUUGGCAACCAACCAUUGGGAUGUUAAUUAUGCUAAUAACGUGACUGCCACAUCGCGUAUUACAUGGGCUUUCCAAACAUGCCGCGAAUACUUUUUCGAAAAGGCUUAUUUCAAGUUCAGGCAAAAAGAAAUUGAUAUAGCGACUAAACUUGGCGUCACUGUAACCCAGCAAGAGUUGUUUACAAAGCCCCUACAACUCAUAGAUGUUGGAAGUUGUUACAACCCUUUUCAGAUCUAUGAUUGUUUUAACGUAUUUGCAAUUGAUUUGUGUCCCUCUAAUGACUCGGUUUUCCAGUGUGAUUUUUUGAAGGUUGCCACUGGAAAUGACAAUCUUGUUCAAAAUAAUAAAGUUAUGCAAUUAAAAUCUUGCUUUUUUGAUGUAGUGACUUUUUGUUUCCUUUUAGAGUAUAUACCUAGUUCUGAAUUUAGGAUAAAUGCUUGUGAAAAAGCCUAUCAUAUACUUAAACCAGGGGGGCUCCUUAUCAUAAAUACACCUGACUCAAAACAUGUUGGGGCAAAUUGUAAGAUAAUGAAAUGUUGGAGGUAUGCAUUAGCAUGUAUGGGAUUUACAAGAAUUAAGUAUGAAAAAUUCAAACAUAUGCAUUGUAUGGCAUUCAGAAAAGCUCUUAAUAAAGACACUGCAGUGAGGUGGGCCACAUUGUAUAAGGAACCAUACAUGGAAUAUGCUAUGAAUAUACCACAAGACUUUCAAAAAGAAAAUGAAGAUACUAAGGUAGUCCUACUUAAUGAUGUACAACCAUCUCAUUGUGACUUUACUGAACUUCCAUUUGCAAUUUAACUAUUUUUGAGCUUGUGAAAAUGUAAUAAAUUAACUAUGUAAUGUGAAUAAAUGAAAAGAAUCUAUA